GCCAUACUUGCACUUCCAUUUUAUGAACCAAAGAGAUAAUGCCUCAAGCUAAUUGCUAUAAAUAUGACUCUUUGAUAGCCUAAUUUCUAACUGAUAUAACCAUUCUAGAGCACUAGUUUUCCAGGGCUUCCUAUGGCUCUCUCCAUUCCAUUUUCUGGCAGCAGCCAUGCUUCAUUCCUUUGUUUGCUCAUGUUUGUAUUAAUGUACUUGAAGGGGGCACCGGUUUACGGAGCGAAAAAAGAACAUGAUAAGCCCUACCAUGUUGUAAAUGUGAAGUCCCUGGAUCCAAAUCCAUAUUGCAUAGAAUCCACAAAGGAUCAGAGGAAAAGGGAGUCGCUAAAAGUUGUUCAAAGGCAUGGCCCAUGCUCUCGUAUGAACGAAGCCCGAACCAGUGCUCCAACCCUUGUUGAAAUCAUGUCUCAUGACCAGGCUCGGGUUGACUCACUUCAACAUCGCCUCCAUGUCAACUCGGACCGGAACAAUCUCAACGACUCCAAAGCCACCCUCCCGGCCAAGCCCGGGCGAUCAAUCGGCAGCGCCAAUUACGUCGUCACAUUAGGACUUGGAACCCCCAAAAAAGACCUUACCCUUAUAUUUGACACCGGUAGCGACGUUACAUGGAUUCAAUGCCAGCCGUGCAUGAGUUGCUACGAACAGCAAGAACCCAUCUUCAACCCCUCCGACUCCCAAACCUACAAAAACGUCAGUUGCACCUCACCACAGUGCUCCCCAGACCUCAAACUUGGCUGCACAAGAUCCACCAAAACCUGCGUCUAUGCGGUCGUCUACGGCGACGGGUCCUUCACCCUCGGACUCUACGCCACCGAAACCUUAACCCUAACCCCCUCCGACGUCUUCCCCGGCUUCGCCUUCGGCUGCGGCCUAAACAACACCGGCCUCUUCAGUGGCGCAGCCGGCUUGCUCGGCCUCGGCCGCGGCCCCGCCUCCCUCAUCACGCAAACCGCCUCGAAGUACGGAAGCUAUUUCUCCUACUGUCUUCCCACAUCAUCUUCCUCAUCAGGAACUCUGGUAUUUGGAAAAGACGGCGGAAGUGGAACAACAAACUCCGCUGGUAUAAACUACACAACCUUAUCGGCCAACUCGAACGGCCCGUCGUUUUACUUCAUCGAAGUCACGGGGAUCAAAGUCGCCGGAGAGCUGCUACCGAUCUCUCAAUCCGUGUUCAGUUCUGCCGGCACUAUAAUAGACUCCGGAACCGUCAUUACACGGCUGCAGCCGGCGGCGUACGAUGCCCUCCGGACGGGGUUCCGGCAACUGAUGAUGAACUACACGAUGACCCAGGGCGUGUCGCUGUUCGACACGUGCUACGACUUCAGCGGUCGCGACAAGGUGGUGGUUCCGAAGAUAAGCUUCUUGUUCGCCGGAGACAUCGAGGUUCCGAUCGAGUUAGUGGGGAUACUCUACAAAGUUGGUCCGUCAAGGUUUUGUCUUGCGUUCGCAGGAAACAGUGAUGCCUCGGACGUGGGCAUAUUCGGGAACGUGCAGCAGCAGACUUUGGAUGUGGUUUAUGAUGUUGCUGGUGGAAAGCUAGGGUUUGGGAGUGGAGGGUGUUCGUAGUUACAGAAAAAAGAUUUCGGCUUUGUGUGCGGCUAUCGAGGCCGAGCUGGGUGGUUGCCCCAACUCAGUCUCUGGCACACGUGGCAAGAUAUAAAUAGAUGGUUGACACUACGUCAGCGUGCUAUGUUUCAUAAAACAAUUAUUAAGAAAAUAAGACUUGAUUCAGCUUUUGGUAGCAAGAACGAAAUCAAGGUUAAAAGGGCAAUUAAAUCCCCUUAUAAAA